UCACAAGGUCUGUGCAAAAAAAUAAAUAAAUAAAUAAACCUAUUAAUCCAUUUUUACUGCUUAUCCAAAGGUGGGUUGUGGGGAGCAGCAGUCUCAGCAAGGAGCACCAGACUUCCCUUUCCCCAGACACUUCCUCCAGCUCCCCUGGAGGGAUCCCAAGGCAUUCCUAGGCAAAGCCGAGAGACGUACACCCUGCAGCAUGUCCUGGGUCUUUCCUGGGGCCUCCUUCUGAGGGAUAUCCGAGAUCUUGUCCUUCAGUCAUGUUCCAAAGCUCACGACCAUAGGCAAGAACUCUCAUCCAACAUGGAGAAGACAAGCUACUCUUUUCCAGUUGAGCACCAUGGCCUCAAAAUUGGAGUUGCUGACCUAGACCACAGCGGGCUCAGAUGCAUUUAUGAUCCUCAUAGUGCUGUCUCAGUGGGGAGUUCACUAGGACAAAGCACACAGCCUCUGGGUUUUCUCCGGGUCUUUCCACACGCCCAGAGGACUUUCAUUAGACUCUGUGCGGGAUAAAGAUGGCUUGAGGUGCUGACACACUGAUCUGCUGCAAACUUCUCACUGCUUAUCUGGGCUCCAGGAAGGAAGAAAUCGACUGAAGAUCAAGCAGAAGGCAUUUUGAAGAUGAACAUUCAGUCAGCCAUCAGUCGUGAGAUUUUUGUCCCAAGAGAUGAAAAGUUACUGGUUUCCAUUGAGGUGAGGAGGAGGAUGAAGAGGACGGGACUUUCCCUCAAAGGGCGCAAUAAGAAGUACUUGACUUUCCUCUGCUUGUCAGUCACCAACAGCAGACCAGCUAAAGUCUUCAUCACUAAAGUGAAGAAAUUCCAAGGCGCGCGGCAGUAUGCUAAAAGAUCUCAGUGGUCUGUGGAGCAGCUUCGCCAGGUCAAUGGCAUCAACCCUGAUAAGGACACUCCUGAGUUUGACCUAGUGUUCGACCGCACCACCGACCAAUGGGAGGCCAGCUCAGCCGCAGAGAAGUGCAUGUUUGUGCAGGUUUUGUACCAUGCAUGUCAGAACUUCUGGGAGGCGAAGCUCAGCCAGGAAAAACCAACAUCCCCUGGAGGCCAGAAGACACCAGGAGCUGUGGAGAGCAAGAAGAGCCCUGCUGCAACAAACCAAACCAACUUCAUCAACUGCCAGCCGAAGCUGAUGGGAGAUGCAUGCUCUGUUAAUAUGGUCAUCUACCGCUGCAAGAUAUUUUUGAAUAGAAUGAAGACCAGUAUGACUGCAAACCAAGAUCGGCGUCAGCGUGAAGCAGCAGGUAAAUCCUCCAGGAGCAGAAGCAAGAGCAGUCCAUCUCCUCCAGCAGUGAGAAAGAUGGGGAAUGUGAUGCGGAGGGCCAGUCAAGUGUUGAGUGAGCGAGGUGAGCGUCUGAUGAAGGCUGACGACAAGACCAGCCACAUGCUGCACGGGGCCAGACAUUUUGCAGAGGCUGCUCAGAGGCUGGCUCUGAAGCAGAUCUAAAGGUAUUCUGGAUGCCCUUUCUGCCAAUAAACACGCUAAAAAUGAGCUUUUAAUCAUCUGGUUGCUGGAUAACUUAAAAUAGUAGCUAUUUGUCUAAAUCAUUCUGUGCAACACUUUUUAUUUAGCUUUCUCCUCACCUGCAGACUGAACUCAUAUUUCUGCAUUCUUAUUUUUGCAAACCACUGAGAAAUUUAAGCAAUUGUAAUGUGUUCAGUCUGACUCGCAGAUCUGUUCACUUUUUUGCCAUUUCUACAGUAAUCACAGGAUAAUAUAGCCAGCAGGAGGUUGAUCCUCUUCUGCUGAGAUGCGUAAUACCAUGAGACGAGUGAAAUUAUAUUUGUUUUGCACUGGUAGGAGCCUUAAGCCUUUUGAUUUUGCUCGCAAAACUAAAGAAAAUUGCCUGCCUCAAGGUAAAACACAAGAUCAAAAUGAAAGCAUUACAGCACUUUUGCAAUAACUCUUUUGUAGUUUUAUCUAUGCAAGUUGUUUCCAUUUUUAUAGUUUUCUCACAUAGUUUGGUAUUUAUAAGGCUGAGACUCACUCUUGUGUAAUGUUUAUAUUAAUUUAAAGCAGGUUUAGCACUUUACUGUAUAAGGUAGCUUAUUGGAAACACUGUUUAUUUCCCUAAAACGUUAACAGUUUUGUAAUGUAUGUCAUUUUAAAUAUUUUAGUACUUAUAGCUUAAUGAUGCUACUCCUAUAAUAUAUAUUUUGUACAUAUUUAACUGGGUUUCAGACAGAUCCUGAUUGCCCACAUGCUAAUGGUCUAUUUAAAAUAAGUAAAGCAACUGUAUGUAUUUUGAGAAAGCCCUCUACACUUCUGUGUCCAUUAUAUUGCUUUUAUAUUUCAGUAGAUAUGUGUGUUCACAACUUGUGGCUACUUAAUUUUUUUUCCAUACAAGCUCACUAACAAAUUAACUAAUUUAUAAAAAGAGAGAGAGAAAAAAGACAAGAAACAAAAUCCAGUCACCUUAUUAGAAUUAAAAGGAUUAAUCUGGUAAUUAAGAUAAACACUUGCAUAUACUUUAUUUAUGUUAUUUGUGCACAAGUGUUUCUCCAUAUAUCACAUACAGUACAGGUGAAACACUCCUGAAUGAUUUUCAGUCAUCACAAACAUGAGAUUAGAGAUUCUAUAAGCUUUUUUCAUUAUAAAAACAAUGUAUUUAAAUGUGAUCUGUGCGACAUGAUUUUUUGUUCUUCCCUCAGUCUUGGUCUUGUAAUUCUGUGAUGUUGUGAUAAGACUCAGCUUUGUGUUUGUGAUCGUGAUCCUCAUCAGCAUGUCAUAAAGAGGCCAGAGGGUGUUUUCUGCAUCGAUUCAGACACCCUGUUUGGUGUUGACGUGUGAUGCUGCCUGAUUGUCUGUCUCCUUAUGCUGCUAUUUUUCUAUGAGUGUUAUAAUGCCUCUUCAAUGUAUUUAUGCUGCAUAAUAGAAAAUGUGUAACAGAUAAUUCUGUCCUUGUCUUUGACUGUGCUCUUGUCUGCACUUUAAACAUGUUAAAUGUGAAAAUACCCAUACUUUGCGCAAUAAAUGAAAUGGGACACA